AUGGACACAAAAAAUAUAUAGGGGCAGGCAAGAUAAGGUCAACAAUCUUCUUCUUUCAUUUUGCCUCACAAAUUUUUCCCUCUACUCCAAUUUCCUCAAGUAACUGUCCAAACUUUUGUGUUGUCCUGAAGGAAAACCGGAAUAAUAAAACUCCAGCUACACUACCAAAAUUGGGGGAAAAUAGGAAUAUCAAAUAUUCAAAUGCUUUUUAAUCUUUUCUGGUAUUUUUUUUGAUCCACUCGAUUCUUUGGUAUUGUUCUAAAACACGAAUCCCUCCCGCAGACCCUACUUUUGUAGUUUGUACACAGUUUCUUCCUUCAUACUUGCAAAGGUUCCCUUCUCCAACUUUGGGGAACCAUUAGACCUCAAAGGACAAUUCUUUUCUAAUUUUUUCCGAUUCAAGUUAGAAGUUUGAUUGGUUCUGAUGCGUUUGACGUUGUGGGUUUUGAUAAAGAUGAUGACUUGAGCAAAUAUCUGAAGUGGGUUUUGAGUUGGAAGUUGGUUUUUGGGGUUGCGAAGUUAUCUGAUUUUUUUUGCUAAGAAUGAUGUCAAUGACAUGCCAUAAUCUUGAAUUUCUGCGGACAAGGUUGGACCCUAUGGCUUGUGCUUGCUCUUCCAAUGCAUCUUUUGAUAGGCUUCAGUUUAAGGAUGGAUUGUUUAGGAAUGGUCGUAAAUGCUAUAGAGCUCGUAAAUUGCUUUGCUGCCGCCAAGAUGUUGGCCGAUGUCGCGUCCUAUCAACCAAGGCCCCAGAAACUUUUCUAAGUGGUAUUUCUCUCCAUUGUGUGUUUUGUGUUACAAGAGUUUUGACUAUCUGCUUACUCUUUCUACUUUAUGUUGGAUAGCAAAUUGGUUCUAAAUUGUGAUUAUAUGCUGGAAAAUGUUGUGUUUGCUUCCAAUUUGUUUGAGAAUGGGCGAGUGUGGGAUUAAUUUAGUUCCUAGCUCAUUGUAGGUGCAGUUCCGGAUCCUCCAGCCACAUUGGAUUUGAAGACAGAGUCAUCCAACCUGGUUUCACUUUCUAAUUUGUUUGAAGUUGUUGCUGAUGAUCUUCAAACCUUGAAUAAGAAUCUGUUGUCUGUGAGUACCCAAUGUAACUUUUUCCAUUGCUGUCGAAUUGAUUUAUUCUACAUUUUUUUCUGUAUUUUCUGCAGUAUGUUGCAUAAUAAGGCUGCCUUACAAGUUUGCAUCACUGGUGUUGAAGGAUAUGUACUAAGCAUUAAGCUCAGUUAUAGUUCUCUUACUGGUCUGCCUAGUCUUGAUUCACUGAUUAAUAUUAGCAUAUUGUGUGUGAUUACACUGGUACAGUUGCUUUUGUGGUUCCAGUGUAGCCUUUUGAUUACGGUGCAAUAACAUAGUUGAAGAUGCAAAUGCUGGUCCUGACUGUAGCCAUCCAUAUAGUGAAUUGUCACUAAUAUUGAAAGUCAAGCAGACACCUAGAACCAAUACUUGCAAAAUGCUGAAAAAAAAAGGAGUGAUACUGCUGCUCUAACAAUUGUCAAUAUGUCUGCUUGAGCAAUAUGUGGUUGUGGGAAUUGUCAACUUCCAAAAAAAAAUUCACAUAGGCUUCCUAGUGUAAGUGGCACGCCGUCAGAGAGUUGAGUUGCAUUUUAAGGAGCUACAAAGAAUCCUUGUCUGACAAUAGUGCGAAUUUAUCUUGUAAUUUUGCUUUCCUAUGAUGAGAACCUGGGCCACUAAUUAUCUAGUUUAACACUGAAAUUUGCUUUUGUGCACUUGGCAUCUUUCAACAACAUCCUUGCAGCUUAUCUAAUGUCAUUACUUGUUCAGAUUGUUGGUGCAGAGAACCCAGUUUUGAUGUCUGCUGCCCAGCAGAUUUUUGGUGCUGGUGGCAAAAGAAUGAGACCUGCAUUAGUUUUCCUAGUGUCACGAGCCACUGCUGAAAUUGCUGGCUUGAAGGACCUAACAAAAGAGCACCGACGAUUGGCUGAGAUCAUUGAAAUGAUCCAUACAGCAAGUUUGAUACAUGAUGAUGUCUUGGAUGAAAGUGACCUGAGAAGAGGAAAAGAAACUAUUCAUCAAUUGUAUGGUACAAGGGUUGCAGUACUGGCUGGAGAUUUCAUGUUUGCACAAUCCUCUUGGUACCUUGCUAAUCUUGAAAACAUUGAAGUCAUAAAGCUCAUCAGUCAGGUUAUUAAAGACUUUGCAAGUGGUGAAAUAAAGCAGGCAUCCAGCUUAUUUGAUUGUGACGUGGAACUAGAUGAGUACCUAAUCAAGAGCUACUACAAAACAGCUUCUCUAAUUGCUGCAAGCACCAAGGGGGCUGCAGUAUUUAGUGGGGUUGACGCCGAUACUAGCGAGCGGAUGUAUCAAUAUGGGAAGAAUCUUGGCCUAUCCUUUCAAGUUGUAGACGAUAUAUUGGAUUUUACUCAGUCAGCCGAGCAAUUGGGAAAACCAGCCGGAAGUGAUCUCGCGAAAGGAAAUCUGACUGCACCAGUUAUUUUCGCCCUGGAGAAAGAGUCAAAACUAAGGGACAUAAUUGAAUCAGAGUUUUGUGAAACUGGCUCUUUAGAGGAGGCCAUCAAUGUUGUGAAGAGUUCUGGAGGCAUUGAGAGAGCACUCGAGUUGGCAAAAGAGAAAGCUGAUCUGGCAAUUCAGAAUCUACAAUGCUUACCGGCUGGUCCUUACCGAAUGGCUCUGGAGGAAUUCGUAAAGUAUAAUCUAGAAAGAAUUGCAUGAACCAAAAUAGCUUUUGUGUCAUGAUCUAGACCUCUUUUCUGGUACAUUUCUUACAGCAUUUGUUCAGCUGAGUGCCGGGGUAAGCAUUCCACGAAGAACACGAUAUGUUAAGGAGAUGUUUGUUGGUUGAGCAGAUGUAUUUUGAACAUAUAAGAAGAAUAGCCAGGUUCAACUUCCUCUCCUGCUAGAAGAUUGAGCUCAAAAUGGGACAAAGCACAUGAUCCUAGUGGAAUUGCAAUGUUAUUGUAUACUGGUAGAUAACUGUUUUAACUAUAGAUUUCGAUUUUAUACACUGAACAUUGGCAAAUUUAUUCCUCUGAUUUCACCACUAUGAACUGCUUAGAUGUUGUCAGAGGCAAUCUUCUUUGUAUGUUGUUCAUUCUGUGUACAAUAAAGGAAUAAUUCAUAUACUAUAUACCUCAGUAAACUCUAUUUGUUUAUGAGUAAAUAGAUUUUUUUAAAAGAC